CUUUCGACUUGACAUCCACCACGGUCUUCUGCACCUUGUAGCUGCGCCAUGUCAUCUAGAGAGCCUUUGUGGUACUGUCAUGAAUGUAAUGCUGAAAUGAGACCGCUCAUGGUCCCAGACCCAGUCUGUGCAUCGUGUCGUGGAAGCUUUGUGGAGAAGAUUGAAAACCCUGAAGAUGACCCGCGCCAAUUUGCGCACGACGUCCCUCACGACCACGGCGGCCAUGAUCACGAAAUGGGAGCACUGGACCUACUCUUUUCGAUCCAAUCACUCCUUGAUCGUGGAAUAAACCCCAAUCCUCCUGGCUCUCCUCCCAGACCUCGCCCAGACGGAUCACCUUCCAACCGUCGCUUGUCGUUCCAGUUCGCAUCUCGGAACGGCACCACGUCAGUCUCCAUCGGCGGCCCUCCGACAUUAGGACCACUGGGAACCCCGCCACGAAGGGAGAGUGGCAAUGCCGUUCCCACCAUGUCAGGCUUUCUCAGAGGGCAACCUGGCACUGAACGCACAGAAGGACCGCGAACGAUAACGCCCCAAAUGAUGGCGCAGUACCUUCUUGCGUUACUCGAAAGCCGUGAUCCCAUGGCUGCGUUAGGCAUCAUGGGUCCAAUGACAGGAAUCCCAAGUGGAAGAAUGGGUGACUAUGUAUUCAACCAAGAAGCUUUGGAUGAGAUUAUUACCCAACUCAUGGAGCAGUCCAAUGCCCAUCGUCCGGUGCCUGCUACCGAAGAAAUCAUUAAUAAUCUGCCCCGUGAAGUAUUGAUUCUUGGAUCCGCUCUACUCUCAGAAGACUGUGCAGUGUGCAAAGAGCAAUUCAAGGUAGAGACCGAGGACCCGGAGGAGCAAAUUGUCGUGAAGUUACCCUGCAAACACCCAUUCCAUCAACCGUGUAUCAUACCAUGGCUUAAGUCCAGCGGUACCUGCCCAGUUUGCCGUUACGCUCUCGUGCCCCAACCAAAUCAACCCACCUCUCCACGACCCAGUGCAUUUCCCACAGGUGCAUCGGGGUCAUCCUCCAGCCCCGGGCUAAACUCGUCACAAUCAUCGCCGUCUUCCCGAGACGCACCGUCGCCUUCACCUUCCCAGGAAUCACCUCGCCCUGGUGGCGGAGGUUUCCUCCAAAAUCUAUUCAGCCAUCUCACGGGCCCUCUUUCUUCGGGUUCGUCGCCUAGUGCUGGAAGCUCGGGGACCUCCUCUCCUCGCAUGUCGUUUGACGGGUCUCCUCGACACCACCGCCGAACAAGCUCUGACAUGAAUUCAUCACCUCGAGGCCCCGACAACCGUCGACGGGGUCACGACAAUCUUCCCGGUGGUUGGGAAGAUGAUCUUGACUAA